AUGAUAAUUCUGUUCUUAUUAAAUUAUGUUGUUGCUUAAAUUUUAUCUUGUGAUGUGAAGGUUGACGGAAUUGAAAAAGGGUACUUGUCAUUCUAAUUGCAAUGCGACUCAACUCCAAAAUCAUGUCACAAUAUAUAAGAACUUUAAGAUUUCAGAAUGAGUUACAUCUCUGAAUCAAAAAUGGAAAUUGCAAGUCCAAUUGUGAACAAGAAAUGGAAAUCAGAAAUCAAUAAUUUAUACACUCAAUUUGGAGCAAUCGGAUAGAAGAGAAACAUUGAAUCUGGAGAAGUAGAUUAAACCUAUACUAUAUUUCUCAACAAAUAGGAAUUCGAUGGACCAAAGAGUUAGUGGUUAGUCAUUGGCAAUAUCAUCCGACAAGAGGAUAAAGAAUUACUCAAUUAUCUUAAGUGGACAUCCCAAUCCACCAACUCAAUUCCCAAUAGAGAUAUUAGAUUUAAAUGCUCCCUCUGA